AUGCGCAUAAAGGUUGGUGAGGCGAUACCUGCUGGUGUGCUGAAGGAACUCAAGGCUGGUGUGCCCACCGUGGUGACUACUGCGGACCUAUUCGCUGGCGGACCGGUCGUGUUGUUUUCCUGUCCCGGCGCGUUUACGCCGAAAAGCACCGAACAGCAGUUGCCAUCAUAUCUAAAACAUGCCGCUGACAUGGUUUCGCUUGGGGUCAAGUCUAUCGUUUGUAUCUCUGUCAAUGAUGCCUUUGUUAUGCAGGCUUGGGGUGAUGCUUGUGGCGUGGGCACUGAGAUCCGAAUGCUGGCCGACGGCCAUGCGGAAUUUCACACCAGUAUGGGACUGGAAAUGGAUUGCACGCGCUUUACCCUGGGAUUCCGUAGCCAGCGUUUCUCGAUGCUGGUAGAGAACGGAAUGCUAAGUUUGCUGAAUGUGGAGGAACCAGGGGAAUACAGCGUCAGCGACGCUAGCGUGAUUUACCGACAACUGACUGAGCGCCAGCCUAAGGCAGUGCUGAGCUAG